UGCACUGCUUCCUGUAAAAAUAAAAUAAUAUUUAGGUGGGAGAUGAAAUUCCAUGUGUAGCUUAGCUAAGCCUUAUUCCCAUUUGGAAGCCUGUGACAUUGGUGGCUUUCUUUGACCAUGGACAUCAUUCCAAGAAAAUAACUACUGCAUACACAGUUUGAUCUCCAUUUGAUCAUUUACAACAAAAAUACAAUCUUUCUCUGAAUAAAGAAAUAACCAAAGAUAGUAGAGUUUCAAUCAAAGAAGACACAGCACAGACUAAGAAGGAUGAGGAGGGAGACGGUGAAAGAGGAGAGGAUACUCCAAGAAAGAAUGGGAACCGAGAGAUUGGUCUUUUUGGUCUGCAAAAGCAGAAUAUAAUCUCUCUUUCUUUCUUUGAAACCUCUCAUCCUUCAAGAUCCUUAUAUUGCCAAUAUUGUUUUAGAUAGUGAAAAAAUGGCUCUUCCAUCUCAUACAGCUCAAAAUGGCAAAGUUGCUCUUGAUUCAGGAGCUGCUCGUCUUAGGGAGCUUGGAUACAAACAAGAGCUCAAGCGUGAUCUCUCGAUGUUUUCCAAUUUUGCCUUUUCUUUUUCGAUCAUAUCAGUACUCACUGGCAUAACCACCUUAUAUAACACUGGCUUGAAUUUUGGUGGGCCAGUUUCAUUGCAAUAUGGUUGGUUUAUUGCUGGUUUGUUCACCAUGGUUGUUGGGUUAGCGAUGGCUGAGAUUUGCUCCUCUUUCCCAACUUCUGGUGGUCUCUACUACUGGAGUGCAAAGCUUGCUGGCCCUAGUUGGGCUCCCUUUGCCUCAUGGAUAACUGGAUGGUUCAACAUUGUUGGUCAGUGGGCUGUUACAACCAGCAUAGAUUUCUCACUUGCGCAGUUGAUUCAGGUGAUUAUUCUUCUUAGCACAGGUGGAAAAAAUGGUGGCGGUUAUGAGGCAUCCAAAUAUGUAGUUAUUGCUAUGCAUGGCGGAAUUUUACUCUUACAUGCUAUGCUAAAUAGUCUUCCCAUCUCAGUGUUGUCUUUUUUUGGACAACUGGCUGCUGCUUGGAAUCUUGUAGGGGUUUUAGUUCUUACAAUUCUUAUUCCCUGUGUUGCAACUGAGAGGGCUAGUGCCAAGUUUGUUUUCACGCACUUCAACACGGAUAACGGGGAUGGAAUCAAUAGUAAAGCUUACAUUUUUGUAUUGGGACUUCUGAUGAGCCAAUAUACUCUUACUGGUUAUGAUGCAUCAGCUCAUAUGACAGAGGAAACAAAGAAUGCUGAUGAGAAUGGACCUAAAGGAAUAAUAAGUGCCAUUGGUAUAUCUGUUAUAUUUGGAUGGUUUUACAUUCUCGGUGUCACUUUUGCUGUUACCAACAUCCCUUACCUUUUGAGCGAAGACAAUGAUGCUGGUGGUUACGCCAUUGCUGAAAUAUUUUACCAAGCAUUCAAGAGUAGAUAUGGUAGUGGAGUUGGAGGAAUUGUUUGCUUAGGAGUAGUUGCUGUUGCCAUAUUUUUCUGCGGUAUGAGUUCAGUAACUAGCAACUCAAGAAUGGCUUAUGCAUUUUCUAGAGAUGGAGCAAUGCCAUUCUCAUCACUUUGGCACAAAGUGAACAAGCAGGAGAUCCCUAUAAAUGCUGUUUGGCUUGGUGCAUUUAUCUCGUUUUGCAUGGCAUUAACGUAUCUUGGAAGUGCAGUGGCAUUUCAAGCAAUGGUAUCCAUAGCCACUAUUGGAUUGUAUAUUGCUUAUGCCCUGCCUAUCUUCUUCCGUGUUACCUUGGCGCGCAAGUCAUUCAUCCCUGGACCAUUCAAUUUGGGCCGCUACGGUGUGCUAAUUGGUUGGACAGCAGUUCUUUGGGUGGUAACUAUCUCAAUCCUCUUCUCAUUGCCUGUAGCCUACCCUAUUACCAAUGAGACACUCAAUUACACUCCGGUCGCAGUUGGUGGCUUGCUCUUCCUCCUAAUAUCUUCCUGGAUUUUAAAUGCUAGGCACUGGUUUAAAGGUCCUAUAACCAAUGUAGAUAGCUGA